CAAGGGUUAACCCUUCAUUUUUGCCUCUGUCCUUGCUGGUAUUUGGCUGAGGAUAGUCAUAUAUAUUCUUCUUCUUGAACAGGGCUUAAAUUUUAGUCUAGAAAAGAAUUUCUUUGUACUGCUAAAAUGUCCUAAUUUAUUCUUUGUGGGGGGAAGUUCCUGGAAAAUAUUACAGAGCAGAAUGAGACAUCACCACAGGAGGUACCUGGUAGUAUUUUAGGAGAACGGUAACUUCCAGGAGGAGGUGAUGUGUGCUUGUUUCUGAAUGCGCUCUGUUCAUUCUUUUAUACACCAACAAAUGGUUACGUGAGACAGCACUUUGUGUCUUGAAGCUUUCCCAGCAAAAGUGGAGGGCCACUGCUGCCCUUUUAAAUAGGGAGAGUGGGGUGGGUGAGGAAGGGUGCCGUUCUGAUAGUCCCAAGAGUGUGAGGGAGAAAUGGGAUAAGCAGGUGAAAAUCAGGCAUGCUUCUGGACAUGCGCUGACGAGACACAGCUGCCUGCACUUGCCCAUUGUGGUUCCUUUCUAAGCACGCAUGGAGAAGAUCUCAGGUUAGUGGCCACAUCAUUUCAUCAGUAACCACCACCAGGAACAAAGUUCAUGAAGCGUGAUGCUGCUCAGUAGUAGUUUCCUGAUUUGCUGCCUCAGGAGGCAGGCUGGCCGUGCAGACCUCCUUUCUCCUCUCCUCUUGGAAUCUGCUCAGGAUAUGCACAGCAAAGAUUGUCUGGAUUUUGGGCAACAUCGUUGACAUCUGUUGAUGUUGUCCUCGAUUGCCUUCCUCUGUUUGCCACGGAGCAAAGCCUCGGUGUAGCAUUCCCAGGCAGUGUUUGUCCCAGCUCUUCAUCAUGUGGACGCACGACAUGAGCACAGCUGGGUGUCUGUGUCUUUCCUUGGCUGUCUCACAGGUUGACUUCUGCUCCUGGCUUUAGGUUCAGCCCUGCAGGGUAUGCUAGUUGUGGCCUUGCUCAGUUGUGUGCCUGGUGGCAGCCUGCAAAUAACCCUUGCUGUAAUGUGUCUCCUCAAGAGCUUUUAGGGACUGUGUGCCUUUCCAGAGGAUAGAAAGGUCCGAGAUGUCUCUGUAGUUCCAGCUGCCAGCCUGGUACGGGUAAGAUUCACGUUGCCCUAAGGUAAUCCUAGCUGUGGCAUGCCAAUUCUGAUCUCCAGGCACACACAGCGAGGCAGGGAUUGGUUUUAGCUGCGCACCAGCCCUUCGGUGAAGAGGUGACAUCUGGAUGUUACGACCCUUGAGCAGGUGGAAAUGAAGUAAGCGCAGAGGUUGAUCCCACAGGAUGGAAAGCAUCACUGAACGAUAGGUAGAAGAUGGGUAAAAUGCUGUACAAGUGCACUUAGGUGAAUUCAAGUACAUCUUAAACUAAUGCACCGAGAGCUUGUGUUUCUGAGCAAGGGUGCACGGUGCCUUUUUUUUUGGCUGCUGUUGUGUGCUAAGAACUGGUGACCUUAACAUAGAAAACUUCGUCUUGUAACAAGCCGUAUCACUUAAAGCUUGUGGAAUACCUUCAGAUUUUAUUUUUCCCAGGCUUUAUGGACAGAAAACUUGAAGUGAACCAAUAUUGAGUCCGACAAGAAUUAGUUGAAGAAUACGAGCAAGUUAAGAGCAUUGUCAACACUUUAGAGAGCUUUAAAAUGGACAGACCUGCAGAUAUCCCCGUAUCCUGUCAAGAUGAGCCUUACAGAGACCCCGCUGUUUGGCCCCCUCCUGUUCCAGCUGAACACAGGGCCCCGCCUCAGAUAAAACGUCCCAACCGAGAAGCAAAGCCCUUGAGGAAGGACUCCCCAGGACUGCAGCCCCGGGGGCCCGCGGGCAGAGCGCACCCGGCCUCGAGGAGCGACAAGUCCGCAGGCAGCCGCGACAGGGAGCCAAGGGCUAGAGGGAGGGAUGACAAGGGAAAGAAAAUACCCCAGGAAGGUGUUGGUGAUGGGGAAAUUCCAAAAUUUGAUGGAGCGGGUUACGACAAAGACUUGGUUGAAGCUCUUGAAAGGGAUAUUGUGUCAAGGAAUCCGAGCAUUCACUGGGAUGACAUAGCAGAUUUGGAAGAAGCCAAGAAAUUAUUAAGAGAAGCUGUCGUUCUUCCGAUGUGGAUGCCUGAUUUCUUCAAAGGGAUCAGAAGACCUUGGAAGGGUGUGCUGAUGGUUGGCCCUCCCGGCACUGGCAAAACAAUGCUAGCGAAAGCUGUUGCUACAGAAUGUGGAACGACGUUCUUCAACGUGUCUUCCUCCACACUGACAUCUAAGUACAGGGGCGAGUCUGAGAAGCUAGUCCGCCUCUUGUUUGAAAUGGCAAGGUUUUACGCUCCAACAACAAUCUUCAUUGAUGAAAUAGAUUCCAUCUGCAGUCGCAGAGGCACGUCUGACGAGCACGAGGCGAGUCGCAGAGUCAAGUCGGAGUUGCUGGUGCAAAUGGACGGGGUAGGUGGUGCCCUGGAAAACGACGACCCCUCCAAGAUGGUUAUGGUGUUAGCUGCUACUAAUUUUCCCUGGGAUAUCGAUGAAGCUCUCCGAAGGAGACUGGAAAAGAGGAUUUAUAUACCUCUACCCACAGCAAAAGGCAGAGCAGAUCUGCUUAAGAUUAAUCUUCGGGAAGUAGAACUGGAUCCUGAUAUCAGCCUCGAAGAAAUUGCUGAGAAGAUUGAAGGUUAUUCUGGUGCUGACAUCACUAAUGUUUGCAGGGAUGCCUCUCUAAUGGCAAUGAGACGGCGUAUUAACGGCUUAACUCCAGAAGAGAUUCGGGCUCUUUCUAAAGAGGAACUUCAGAUGCCGGUUACCAAGGGGGACUUUGAGCUGGCUCUGAAGAAAAUCUCCAAAUCUGUUUCUGCUGCGGACCUGGAGAAGUAUGAAAAAUGGAUGGCGGAGUUUGGAUCUGCUUAAUCUCACCGACAGCCCUCCGUUGCUAGAGUUUUAUGGCUUUUGUUGUUUUCACUUGCAAAAUGAGUUAGAAAUCUUUUUUUAAAGGUUUAAUAAAAGGUCUGCCUCCCCUCCCGUGCUGCCCCCCUUCUGGUGACAAGAUCUUUUAAACUCCAUUUGCCUUUAAAGGGAGCGAACACAAUAACGAGCUGAUACUGUAAAAAAUAUAUAUAUUUUAUGUCUGAAAUAGUAAAAUCAGACAAACAGGAAGGGAAAAAAAUACUUCUGAGAAUAAUCUUUUCGUUUUCCCAAUGACGAGCAGUGUUGUUUACCUUCUAAUAGUCAUCUUUCAUGGCUAGAAUCAGUAAAUCAGCUGCGGGACGUGACUCCAGAGGAGCUAACAAGGGCUCGCUGUACCCCCUGCUCGAAGUGCUACGUUUCUGUUGAGCCGCCGACUCUGCCUCCCCUGGACGUGGCAUCGAAGCUGCUGUUCCUUGCUGCUGUUCUCCGCACAGAUUUCCAGAGCAAAGCCUGUGGAUUAAUUGGCAUUUACGCAGAGGAAAUGAGGAUCGGUUUGCCAUCAAGACGGGGGCUCGCCUCUCUCGUACACCCGUUUGGCACCGAUGUGACUUCAGACUGGACUGAUGUUACUUUUUUGACUUCUCCUGAUGGAAAUGAGAGGAAAAGGAAAGGGCCUUGGCUGCUUUCAGCCCAUACUUGAUCUCUGACCAUAACUUGUACCCGUUUGACCAGUAGGCACUUUGACUUAAGUUAUAUCGUGCACUUUUAUGCUUAUGUAGAAUCCUGUACUUUGCUUUCUAGAUAUUAUUAUUAUUGUUAUUGUUGUUAUUUAAGUAGGACUUUAAUACAGUAAAGACACUAAUAUCAAGGCUGUCCUAAAAAUACAUGACUGUGGACUUCCAGUUCUUCCAGGUAGGCAUGAACCCUUUCCUAGCUUUACUAGGCGAUGGAAUUUGCACUUGUUUAUAUUGCAGAACUGUUAAACUGUUAAUGUUUUUUUUUUAUGAAGAUUUCUUGCAAAUGUAUAAAUGCAAUUGAUUUAGGGAGAAAAUAACUUGUACAAUCUCAUUUAUGUUCUUAUCUGUUUCUUCCCUUCCCAAGUGCAAGGAUGAGAAGGGUUGGGUUACAAACCCUAGCAUGAGGAGUCCUCUCUGGAGCAUAAUUGUCACGCUUUUCACAGACCUGGGCUGCGAGUCUGACACGUGAAGGUUUCCCAUGGAAGGAAUGAGAAGGAUAGGUCAAAUUUACAGAGGAAUAUGCAAGCUCUGAAAUUCGUGGUGAUUUUGUGAGCUGGAUGCCAAGUACUGUGUUGGAUCUGAGUUGCUGUGCAGUUCAGGGGGUUACUGUGCGCUCUGGCUUUCUGCUGAGACGUCAGGUGGCAUUGCCAGAUGUGGGGAGCUGGAGUAAGACAUGGAUCUCUUAAUUAGGCCAAGCAUUCACAGUUGCUCACCUCCUCUUGGAUGGAAGUAUGUCCUUACUGCUCCUUUUUGCUAGUUCUGGAAGUUGCAAAUAAUGUCCGUAAUCCAGCACAGUGGUCUCUCAGGGCAUGACACGCGAACCACCAAGGCAAAUGGUUGUUGAGCACGCCUCCUGUUCAGUAGCAGGGACUGUCAGGAUACGUGCUUGACAACUCUGCAGCAUCUAUCUGAUUGCGUGAGCAACAUUUGUGGUCGUGUUACCAUCUCCGUUUGUCUGCCAGCGUUCCUUCUCUCUUCCUUUCUGUGUAAAGACUACACCUCAGGCUGAUCCUGUCAUUUUCAAGGGCCCCACUAAUUUCCAUGGGGAAACACCUUGGCGUUUGUCAAUCUUCCAUUUGACGUAAAAGUCAGCUGGGGCUUUGGAGGCACGUUUCCAUGUGGCACUGCAGAAAUCCACCUUCUGUGGUCCCCGGGCUGGCUGAGACACAGCUGCUGUUCACGUCUGCCCAAGGACAGCGCAUGUUGGAGUUACCCUCUUGGCCAGGGAGGUCAGUGCAGGGAGAACAUCGGCUUUUCCCUCUUCACCUCCGGGCAGAAUUAAAGCUCCACUUUCCUCCUGGCUGCCCACUUUGCACCAACAGCCCUUGGGCUUCACAGGCUCUGGAAGGAGCAGCUCUCUCUGCACUGGAAGAUGAGCAAGCACAGAGCCGUGUCGACUCUAUAAUUUUAGGAUAAAUUCCUCCCAGUGCCAGUCUGUUCCUCCCAGGGAGUAACUGGAUCUUUACAGAGAGAAAGCUUUAAAAGCCUUGCCACAGUCUGUCAGUUCUUCCUUCUGAAAGCUGUGUGCUGCGGCUGUUUUGCUUUGCUUUCUUUUUUUUUUUUUUUUUUUCUUUUACUGCAGUAGAAAUGGGUAAAGCUAUGACUCUUCUGUGGCCGGUGCCAGAUUAGCACUUCAGAGGCUCUCGCUAGUCUCAGACCACUGCUGCCCGAGGAGCUUAUUCUGCACAGGCAAGCACUAGAAGGGAAGAGAUGUGAAUGCCAAUAACCCACACCGUUCGGCUGCCCGGGAGCAGUGCUGGAUUCAGCAGUGUUUUGCUUAGCAAGGUGUAGCUACCCCUUUUCUCAGCUUCAUGCUGCAAGCAGCAGGGCCCUUGCUGCUGCUGAAAGCACAACGUUUAGCAAAAAUGUCCUUCCUUGGGUGUUUGGUGAACCUCCUACCCUAAGGUGUUAAACUGUCCUCUUGCAUGGUAACCAAAAUCCAUUACGCUGGACGUUCCCUCUAGUGGCAAUUGUUCAGGUGCUGCAGUCUUUCUCUAAAGGUCCUGAUUUCUACUCCAAAUGUGUUUUUCUUUUCUGUACAGGCCCAUUCAUCUUAUACUUCUGCAGAAAGGAGAGUUUCCAGGCCAUAGCUCUUUAUCCAUACGACGGCUGUGCCCAAGCAUUGCACCCGUGAGUUGAGCUCCUCUAGAUCAGGCGUUGAUCAGACAGAGACCACCCCUGCCUUGCCGAGACCGCAGCGUAGGUGUCAGACCGUGUAUGCUGACCCCCACAUCUCCACCAAGUCUCACUGGUGCACCCACCUUUAGAGGCUGGGUUAUUGUCUCAAAAAGGGAGCAAGGAGGAACAGGGAAGGAAGGCCGGGCCAACGGCGGUAGCAAGGCAAGACCCUACAUGAGUCCAACACCCAUCCCUCUGGGGGAAACCCUUACUUAGGGCCGUUUGAUUCAUCAGAGAGCAACUUACUAGCAUAUCACAGCCUGCUGCAACCAUUUCUUCAGCCCGUUGGUGUGUGGAGCUGCAUACGCACACGCGUGGAUGUGUGUACGUGGCUAUACGCACACGGUGUGGCGCGUGGUGCUUCGGUGGCUUGGACUUUACCUUACAUAAAAACACGUUUUAAAGCUGUGUUUAUGCGUCUCCUUCAAAACGUCUGUGAAAUGCCCGCUUGGGUGGCACUGUUAAUUUCUGUACAACGAGCAGUUUGGUUGUAUGAAGUAAUAAAUGUACGUGGAGAGUCU